AUGCCGAAUGGGAUAUACCAUGUGUACGUCAAGGACGAGGACAUGCAAGUCGAGCGACCUUAUACGCCUAUCAAUGGCAUUGGCGUGGACGGGAGAAUGAUAUUUUGGAUCAAGCGAUACCCUAGAGGAGAGGUAUCGAACUGGAUCGCUAGGCAGGCUGGAAAGAGUAUAGAAAUUCGAGGACCGAUCCAGCAAUGGGACUGGCGAAAGGAGGAAUGUGAUGAAAUUAUCAUGAUUGGUGGUGGGACUGGUGUUACUGCGUUCACACAGAUUUUGCACGAAGCAUUCUUCCCUUCUCGUCCAGUAACAACAAGCGUAAACGCACGGACUCACUUCACCCUUUUACACUGUCAUCGUACGCCCUCGCAGCUUCCUCCAAGCGAGAUUACCAACGACUUUGCGCAAUACAAGGAGACAGAUGGACACCGGUUCACGGAAAAGGCGUAUGUGGAUGAUCUAGAUAGCGACGUGGAUGAUCCGCCGCGGGGUGUCACGCACGGGCUUAUUGAUAAGAAGGAGCUAGAAAAAGUUCUGUUGCAACGUGGAAUACUGAAGAGGGAAUCUGGAGGAAUAUGGAGUGCGGAUAAAGUGGUGAGGAAUCCAGAGAAGAAAGUAAAAGUCUUGGUCUGUGGACCAGAAGGACUAAAUGUAUCCAUGGCUGGGCCACGGUCAAAGCCCAACGCCCUUCCACAAAUUGGAGGCAUAUUGGGAGAGUUGGGAUUUGAGCCAUCACAGAUUAUUCGCUUGUAG